CUUGAGAGCGUCUCGCCCCUGGCGUGGCUACCGUGUCCAUGAAAAGUCAUCUGCUCAACCACACUGCCGACUCGCCGGCGGCCGCGGCGCUGCUGGUGCUGUCCGGCACGGUUCCCGUCGCCAUCAUAGCCUCUGCAGCCGGGCUGGUUGGAGUUGUCAUCGCCGUCGCGACCAUUUCUUUUCGGAUGCGCGGCCAUCAUCAUGGUGGCCGCCGCUGCUCCAUCGAGCCGAGCUCGCACUCGCACCGCGAGAUGCUCUCCGUGUCGCUUGAGGACCAAAAGUCUCUGCAGCACCAGGGCCCGCCGCCGCCUGCAGCGAUCAACCUUGUUGUGGAGCGACAGCAGACUCUCGAGAUGCUGCAUCGCCGCUUUGGCUCUAGCGACGCCCAGGACCGGAUAAAUCGUGUGUUUGCGAAGAGCUCUCCGCGCGGGUCGGACGGGUUUCCGUCUCCGAGGGAUCCAUAUCCAGAGAUGAGUGCUGACCUGACGAGGGCAGGCACUCCUCAAGCAUCCGCUGACGGAGCUGGCGGCGGAGAGGACGCGAAGCGGUGGUUUUAUGUGGCGUUGACUUCCGAGGGCGUGCCCGAGGAGCGAGGCCCCGUCAGCUGGUCGGCGUUGGGUGAUUUGAGAAGGGCGGGCGAGCUCAGUGGGGCUACCCGCGUGUGGUGCGAGGGGCGAACGGGCUGGACCAGGUUUGACCAGGUUUGACCAGGAGUCUCGGAGGUUUGACUCGAUUACGGAAGCUGACGCGAGUCGAGGACGGCCAUGAACUUGGCCCGCUGGCGGUAUGAGAGGAGAGCCAAGGAGCCGCUCGAGGCUUGAAUGUUGGGGCCGCCUGACACGAUGCACGUUGGAUGACCGGCACCAUGCGCCCAGACGCGACUGAAACGACACACUAAUAACUAAUAUCGCGAUGGGUGUGCACCUUUUUAUCCAAUGUGCGGGGGUGUGUGUUGUGUGCGUUGUCGGUGUGACGGUGUGAGCUUCCCCCACAUAUCACAUAACGCCCUUUUCUGCCAUAUUUGUAAGACUUUCAGUAUUUUC